AUGCUAAUCAGCGGACAUCGUCAUACAACAAAUGGAAAUUUAAUAUCGUCAAACGCACUGAUAAACCACUCUGAAACAGGACGCUUUAUUAUAUCGUUAAAUAAUAAUGAUGCCAACCAACAGAGGCAAAACAAUAAUAUUCGUGAUAACGUAUUUGGCACAGAUGCAGCAGCCACUUCGGUGAUAUUAGUUUUAAAAAUGCCGUUAGCUAAAGAUUUAUUGCAUCCGACGAUAGACGAAGAACGUCGGAAACAUAAAUUGAAACGUCUAGUUCAAAGUCCAAAUUCAUAUUUCAUGGAUGUCAAAUGUCCUGGUUGUUAUAAAAUAACAACAGUAUUUAGCCAUGCACAAACUGUUGUUUUAUGUGUCGGGUGUAAUUACGUGUUAUGUUCCCCUUCUGGAGGCAAAGCCCGUUUAACAGAAGGUUGUUCAUUUCGAAAGAAACGUGAUACACCAAUGGCAAGAAAGGAUGAUGCGGAUCAUAUUAAACAAAUGAGAUCAAAUGAACGAAUGUACAUCGUUGUUGUCAUACAAUAUAAAAAGAUUUUUCUAAUGGAUAUACAACAAGCUCGUCAGUUGGAUUAUUUAAAUAGAUCUGCCCAAUUAUUCAUAUCGCAACCUCCGGAUGUAUCAGAGCAACUUGAAAAGCUUAUCGAUGAGAUAUAUAGUGGAAAUAAACAAACAAUCGAUAAAAAGAAGUUAAUUGAUUCAUUCUCGUCAGAAAAAGAAAAAAAUGAAUCAACUACGUCAGAUAAUUCAUCAGACAGCAGUACCAAUUCUCAAAUAUCAAAUAAAAAUGUUAAACAGCAGCUAAAACGCAUAUCGCCAUUAUACAAUGCUAUUAUGAAACCGGCUAAAAAACGUCUAAAAACAAGUGACAAUAAUCAUUUAGAAUCGACGUCAGUGAUAGUUGAUAAAAAAUCCGUUUAUACUGAUGAAACAAGUGAAGAUGAGAGGGGAUCUGAAUCACCGGAUUCCCUUUUAACAACCGAAUCGACAACAUCAACAAAUACUACCUUGAAGGAUGAACAUGCAAUAACAAAUAGUAAUAAUAAUCGAAAUAUAGAUGAAUUUGCCAUCGAAAUGGGGCUUGUUUGCAAUCUAUGCAUGGUACUAACAGAAGAAGUUGAUAAUAAACUUGUGGAAUGUCACGAAUGCCAUAAUAAAUUUCAUCAAAAAUGUCAUAAACCAAACGUGAGCACCGACCAAAUCAGCGAUCCGCGCUGUCUAUGGUACUGCGCCAAGUGUCGUCGUUUGUUAUUAAAACGACAACAACAGCAAACGAACAAAGAGGGAAAAAAUAGUACACAAUCAAAGUUAUCAUCAUCAAAAGAUCCAACAGCAUCAAAGAUAAAGAGUGAAUCAACAACGACAAAAAAGGUGUUGAAUGAUGCAUCACAAUUAUUUAACUUCAAGCCAAAGUCCUCAGAUACUAAUAGUACUUCGAAUAGUCAGUCAUUGAACAACGGAAAUGGAAAUCCAUUAUCUUCAUCCUCAGUUUCUGGAUGGGCUGGUCUAGCGGCUAAUCUUAAAGAGAAAAAACAAUCACCAGACAGCGAUUCAAUGGGAUCUGUGUUUACGAACUCAUCUCAAGUAACAACACCAACAUCUAGUACACCUUCAUCCUCAUCUUCAUCCUCAUCAAACAAUCUGUCAGAUUCUACAACGAACAAUUUAAAAGAUUCUUUAUCUGUGACUAAUACAAAUAAUAAACGUUCAUUAUCAAAUGAGACAGUCGGUCAAAUUAAAUCACCUACCACACCCUCUUCAUUAAAAUUAUCUAAUAUAAUUAAUCCACUAGCAAAAAUAGCUACAACUCCGUUGCCUGUCCAGCUGCUAAGAACAUCCUCUAUGAAUCAUUCAUCACCGAAAAAUACAGCAUUGAAAUCACAAUUAUCGAUACCACUUGACGGUAAUUUAACAGUCACUAAAUCAUCCAGUUUAUCAAAGGUAACGUCGAAUAAUAUAUCUAAACAAAUAAAGCGGUUAAGUUCUCCGACACCUCUUGGCCGCGCAUCACUUCAAAAUUCAAAUAUUAGAUCGCCAAUCAUUCAAUGUACAACACUAAAUAAUAAUAGUUAUUCACGUAUGAAUAGUACAGGAACAUCGUCAACUACAACACAAAAAGAAAUAACAGCAUCAACCGUAGCUAAAAUUCAGAAUAGUUAUAAUUGCGAUAAACGUUUAAAACAAAUGAAAAAAUUAGCUCAAGAGUCAAGAUUGAAAAAAUAA